AUGAUGAAGGCUGUAACAUUCUUGACGAUCCUUGGUUCAGCUUUGGCAGCACCAGCUGUAGUAUGGCAGAAGAACGGUAGUACAGAAGGCCCAGUACGAACAUCCAAAGCAUUGAAGGCUCACAGUCUGUUUUCCGACGUUCUCCAUGACUCGUCUGAGUCGUCGGUGAUCUUUGUCUGGGGAAGAGGCGCUGAUGGAUCCGAAUCUUUGUCGACCAUGGCAUCUGCCGGUGGUCUCCCCAAUGUCCAACAGAAAUACCUCAAUGCCAAUGCCAUUCAUCAUCAUGUCACUGGCCUAGAGAGCCCCGACACGGUGCAACGCGACGCCGCUCGUGCUGGCAGCUCCAAAGUCAUGUCCGUUUCCCUUGGCGAGCUCGAUGUUCGACUAUCCUCGUCACCCAAAACUGCCGAAAUGGAAGUCGGAAACAACGGCGCGUUGUCCAAGGCACAAAAGUAUUCACACAAGCGUCAGCAACAAAUGUUGGAUGCCAAUGUCUUGAUUGUCAAUAUUGGUGCUCGUGCCGAUCCUGCCACCGUGGAUGCGGCCGUUGAAAAGACUAUUGAUCACGACUCCAUUGCCAAUGUGGUCCUCACAGCAGUGCGAUCUCACGAGGAAGUCAAGCAUGAGCGUCUUAUGGAACACAACCGUCGGCUUUCCAUCAUGAAAGAAAAUGGACGCACCGUCUCUCGUCACGGUCGUCGUUUGGAAGACCAGGACCAAGACGGAGAAAACAACCAAAAUAACAAUGGAGGGGAUGACAUGACUGGAGUCUACUAUGUGAGUAUGACACCCAACAUUUUGGCAGGACUCCUUUUUACCCUGCUGUUUAUUGUCAUUGCAUUCACUGGAGUAUCCUGUAUGGGAAUGAUUGCUGGCCAAGACGUCUAUGUAAAGAAAAUGCCUCCGGUUGGACGUGAAGCAUGA